CGACAACCCACUCUCACAAACAAGGUAACUUCCAGAGGACACCGACCUGAGAUAACCGGGAGUUUUCCUCAAUGAAGCUGCACGUGCUACUCGCUGCUGUGUGUCUUGGUGUCUUCGUCUCGCGUUCUGGAUCCGCCCCCGGACAGACGAACAUGCAGUUGCCGGUUCUGAUGCGCUCAGGAGCUGAGUACUUCAUCAGGCUGGACAAGGCCGCUCACAGUCCACGCGCUGCCAACCGGGGAUCACCGACACGCACCGAGGCGCUUCAGCUGCAGCUCACCCAGCGGCGGUUAGGAGGUAAGCUCGGUACUGUCGGUAACGAGAUCCUGAACAGCCUCGAGAAGCGGGAGCGCCGGUCUGAGGAUCCACCAAUUUCCCUGGAUCUGACUUUUCACCUGUUGCGCGAGGUGCUGCAGAUGGCGCGAGACGAACAACUGGCCCAGCGCGCGAGCAACAAUCGCAAGAUUAUGAACGAUUUAGGAAAAUAAUGCACGACUUACACAAACAUUAUAUGUAUAACGUAUUAAAAUAUGAUUUUAUGUUUAAGUGACGUAAGAC